AUGUAUAGACAAUUUACUCGUGGAUUUGCUUCUUCUGCUCCAGCAAGAAACUAUGCAUCAACCAUCAAAAACUUGAAAAUUAACCUGGAUACUAAAGUCAUCUACCAAGGUUUCACCGGUAAACAAGCAACUUUCCAUGCUGAACAAGCAAUUGCUUAUGGUACUCAAGUCGUUGGUGGUAUCAACCCAAGAAAAGCUGGUACUACUCAUUUAGAUAGACCAGUUUUUGGUACUGUUGCUGAAGCCAUGAAGGAAGCUGGCGCAACUGCUACUGGUAUCUUUGUUCCACCUCCACUUGCCGCCGCUGCCAUUGAAGAAGCUAUCACUGCUGAAAUUCCAUUGGCUGUUGCCAUUACCGAAGGUAUCCCACAAAAAGAUAUGGUUAGAAUUGCCCAAAUUUUGAAAACUCAAGAUAAAACCAGAUUAGUUGGUCCAAACUGUCCAGGUGUUAUCUCCCCAGAUCAAUGUAAGAUCGGUAUCAUGCCAUCUCAAAUCCAUCAAAGAGGUAAAGUUGGUAUUAUUUCCAGAUCAGGUACUUUAACUUAUGAAGCUGUUGCUCAAACUACUGCUGUUGGUUUGGGUCAAUCUUUGGUUAUUGGUAUGGGUGGUGAUCCAUUCCCAGGUACUAAUUUCAUUGAUGCUUUGACUUUAUUCUUGAACGAUAAAGAAACCGAAGGUAUUAUUUUAAUUGGUGAAAUUGGUGGUUCUGCUGAAGAAGAAGCUUCUGAAUUCUUGAAACAAUACAAUUUGACUAGACCAGAAGGUCCAAAGCCAGUUGUUUCCUUCAUUGCUGGUGUCUCUGCUCCUCCAGGUAGAAGAAUGGGUCAUGCUGGUGCCAUUGUUGCCGGUGGUAAAGGUGAUGCUAAAUCUAAGAUUGCUGCUUUGGAAUCUGCUGGUGUUGUUGUUGAAAAAUCCCCAGCUAGAUUAGGUAAAUCUUUACACGCUGAAUUCAAAAACAAAAACUUGUUAUAG